CCCUCCUCUCCCCUCCCAGCCGACAAGCACCCGCCUCUUUCCUCUCCUCCUCUUCUACUCGCGCCGAAGGAGGCGGCGGCGGCGGCGGCAGCGGCGGCGGAGCGACAAUCACUGCGGGGAAUCCUCCGGGCGAAGGCCCGCGUGGAGGUGUUGGGAGUUGCAUUCGCUGGAGUUGUAGCUCGCGCGUGAAUUCCACAUCCACCAUUCCCGUCAUGGCGUUCUGGGGGGUGGAGGUGAAGCCCGGGAAGCCCUACACCCACACCUAUCAGGCCGACCAUGGCCGUCUCCGCGUUUGUCAGGCUACACUCAGCAAUUGUGAUGCUGCUGGAAGGACGGUGCUGCAAUGCAAUGUUGGCAACAAGAUCCCCAUCAAACUCUGUAGUUUAAAUCCAAAAUUGGCUGAGAUGUGCCGUCUAGAGAUUGAGUUAGAGGAGGUCGAUGAUGUUGUCUUCUCAGUAAUUGGUCAGAGUUCCAUUCAUCUCUCUGGAUAUUAUGUCCGUGCAAGCAGCAGGUCUAAUGUGGGAGAUGAUGAAUCAGAAUCUUAUGGGGAAGAUAUUGGACAGUCUGACACUGAUGAGGAGCAUGAUGCCAAUGAGGACAGCUAUGAAUCUGACUUUAUUGAUGAUCGUGAUGUUAUAGAUGUUAGUGAUGACGAAUUCUCCUCUCCACAUGGCCGCAAACAAAAAGCUUGUGAAAAAAAGACUUGCAAGGCUGAAAGACGGCGGCACUUGAAGAAGAAGUACCAAGUAGAUAGCACCGAUGACAAUGAUGAUGGUUCUCCAGUGAUGAAGCCUGCUGUCAAGCACAAUGCUCCUUCAAUAUUUGAUAGCAGCAGUGAUGAAGAAGAUAACGUGCCAAUAUCUGUUGCAUUGGGUAACAAAGACGGUGCUAAGGUUGCUGUCAAGCGCAAUGCUUCUUCAAUAUUUGAUAGCUGCAGUGAUGAAGAUAAUGAUGUUGCAUUGGCUAAGCAAGACAGUGCUAAGGUUGCUGAGGAAACCAACCCCCAAAAUGGACAGGUGAAUGAUGGGACCAAGAAAAAGAGUAAUUAUGACAGGAAAAGAAAAAGUUCUGCCAUAAGUGAGGAUCCUGCAUCGCCAAUGGAUAUAGCAGAUGCUAAUGCACCAUCUGUUCCAAAACAAGGUGCUGAAAUAAAGAAGAAAUCAAAGAAAAAGAUGAGAAAUCAAUCAGGGGAAAAAGAUGAGAAACAGUCCAAUAUAAGAACAUUGGAAGAUGGGUUGAUGGUAGAAGAUCUGUCAACAGGAAACGUAGAUGCAAAAGUUGCUUCUGAUGGCUGCAAGGUUUAUAUCAAAUAUGUUGGCAUGUUGAAGGAUGGGAAAAUUAUUGAGUCUAAUCUUAAUGAAAAGCCUUACAAGUUCAAGCUUGGUGCUGGAAAAGUUAUCCGUGGAUGGGAUGUUGGUAUUUGUGGAAUGCGUGUUGGGGAGAAAAGAAGGCUCACAGUCCCACCUUCCAUGUGGUACGUGUUUGACAUCGUUUUUUUCUAUAGCCCACCCUAA